AUGAAUGAAUAUACAAAACAUCCAAAGAAUCCUGGUCUUUUCCUUCCGGAGAAAUUACUCCAAGAAAAUCACGAGACAGGGCAAUCAUUGAAUGAUUUCCCAGAGCGUCAUCAUUGGCCUCCGUGGGCGAUUGUUCUCCUCGUCACUUGUGUCAUUCUCUCGGCGAUCGCUUUCUUUAUCGGGAAUUGUAUCAACAAGCGAACGUCUAGAACUCAAAAGACUUCGACGAAGAAUUCAGUGAAGCAGAAAAGAGCAUGGGGAGCCGGUUUCUCGGGUGGACUAUGGGCAGCUGCU